CCUCUUCUGAGACAUUUCUCCCUUCAAGAACUGAUUACCCUCCAAUCCUGCAAAAAUGGCCAGUGGUGGUGGAUACAACCAGUGCUAUGCCCAGUGUCCUGCAUCUACAGUGACCAUCCAGCCACCCCCUUUCGUCCUGAACAUCCCAGGGCCUGCACUCUACUGCCCAGACCAGCCUCUAGCCAUUGAGCAGUACAACCCCUGUGCCCGAGGUGGCUAUGGAGGUGGCUAUGGUGGUGCCAGCGCUCUGUAUGCCAACGACUUCUCCAACUUCUACACUCGGGCCCUGCCAAGCAGCAACUACAGCUACACCAGCUAUCGGUAUUAAAACUGUGGGAGAAUGAGAACAAACCAGAAGACGUAAUAGAGAUCCAGAAAUGUCAUUGUUUACGAAACAAUUGAGCUUCCGCUGUGUCUAAUUGUUAUUUGCAGUUAGAAAAGGGGGGCUAAGCUAGUCCUGCUGGGAUACAACAUUUGCUAUCAGACUUCAAUUUCACCUUGGGAGAUUUUCAUGGGGAAAGCUGUUUGUGUACAGGAAUGCCGUUUGUUUUGCAAAUGUGCCUUUGUGGAAUGUGCUGUUUCUUGUCUUUGUUCGUAUUAAAAUAUUAUUAAUAUUGCAUCUUAACAA